AUGCGGCUAGCGCUGCUGCUCGGCGCGGCGGUGCUCCUGGUCAAUGCCCAGGGAGAGGACGACCGCUCAAGCGGGAGUUGCACCAUGGACGGCCAGGUGUUUGCGGACCGGGACGUGUGGAAACCAGAGCCGUGCCAGAUCUGCGUGACGUGGACUGCCCCAACCCCAUCAUCCCCCACGACGAGUGCUGCCCCAUCUGCCCCGACGACGGCUUCCAGGAUGUGCAGGUUGAGGGCCCCAGAGGAGAGCGUGGAGCAAAGGGAGACCGGGGACCUGCUGGCCCUGCUGGCAGAGAUGGUAUGCCUGGACAACCUGGACUUCCUGGACCUCCCGGCCCCCCCGGACCCCCUGGCCUUGGUGGAAACUUCUCUCCUCAAAUGUCUGGAGGCUAUGACGACAAAUCCCCUGCCAUGCCUGUGCCUGGACCUAUGGGCCCUAUGGGACCCCGCGGACCCCCUGGACCUGCUGGCGCAAGCGGACCUCAGGGAUUUACCGGCCCCCCUGGUGAGCCUGGUGAGGCUGGAGCUUCUGGUCCCAUGGGUCCCCGUGGCGCAGCUGGUCCUCCUGGAAAGAACGGAGAGGAUGGUGAGUCUGGCAAACCCGGCCGUGGUGGUGAGCGUGGACCUGCUGGCCCUCAGGGAGCUCGUGGAUUCCCCGGAACUCCUGGACUCCCCGGAAUCAAAGGACACAGAGGAUUCAGUGGUGCUGAUGGCGCCAAGGGAGACAGUGGCCCCGCUGGACCUAAGGGAGAGGCUGGGUCCCCUGGUGAGAACGGUACUCCUGGUGCUAUGGGACCUCGUGGUCUUCCCGGUGAGAGGGGCCGUACUGGUGCCAAUGGAGCUGCUGGAGCUCGUGGUAACGAUGGUGCCGCUGGUGCAGCUGGACCCCCAGGUCCCACUGGCCCCUCUGGACCUCCUGGAUUCCCUGGUGGCCCUGGAUCCAAGGGAGAUCCUGGUAACCCCGGACCUGCUGGCCCUGCCGGCCCCUCUGGAAACCCUGGAACUGAUGGAGCCUCUGGAGCCAAAGGAGUCCCUGGUGCCGCUGGAAUUGCUGGAGCUCCCGGUUUCCCCGGACCCCGUGGACCUCCUGGACCUCAGGGUGCAGUCGGUGCUCCUGGAGCCAAGGGUAACACUGGUGAGGUUGGUGCUGCUGGAGCCAAAGGAGAGCCUGGUGCUAAGGGAGAGGCCGGUGUUGCUGGAGUCCAAGGACCUCCAGGAUCACCUGGUGAGGAAGGCAAGAGAGGUGCCAGAGGUGAGCCUGGUGCUGCUGGAGCCCGUGGAGCCCCCGGAGAGAGAGGUGCCCCUGGUGGUCGUGGAUUCCCUGGAGCUGAUGGCCCCGCAGGUGCCAAGGGUGCCCCUGGUGAGCGUGGUGCCCCCGGUCUGGUUGGAGCCAAAGGUUCCACUGGGAAUGACUGGAAGCCCUGGCAGCCCUGGCCCUGAUGGAAAGACUGGACCUGGCGGAGCCCCAGGACAAGAUGGUCGCCCUGGACCCCCAGGACCUGUUGGAGCGAGAGGCCAGCCCGGAGUGAUGGGAUUCCCCGGACCCAAGGGAGCUGCUGGUGAGGGUGGAAAGCCUGGCGAGAGAGGAGUGAUGGGACCUACUGGACCUGGUGGUGCUCCUGGAAAGGACGGUGAAGUUGGUGCUCAGGGAAAUGCCGGUCCAGCUGGUCCUGCUGGUGAAAGAGGAGAACAGGGAGCUGCUGGACCUCCAGGGUUCCAGGGACUUCCUGGACCUCAGGGUGCUGCUGGUGAGAGUGGAAAACCUGGAGAGCAGGGUCUGCCUGGAGAAGCUGGUGCCCCCGGACCUGCUGGAUCUAGAGGUGACAGAGGAUUCCCUGGUGACCGUGGUGCUCCUGGUGCCAUUGGACCUGCUGGUGCUCGUGGAACUCCUGGCUCUGCUGGAAACGAUGGUGCCAAGGGAGAUGCUGGUGCCCCUGGUGCUCCCGGAGCCCAAGGAGCCCCCGGACUGCAGGGAAUGCCUGGAGAGCGUGGUGCUGCUGGACUUCCAGGACUGAAAGGAGACAGAGGAGAUCAAGGAGCCAAGGGUGCUGAAGGUGCCCAUGGUAAGGAUGGUGCCCGUGGUAUGACCGGACCUAUUGGACUUCCCGGACCUGCUGGUGCCUCUGGAGACAAGGGAGAGCCUGGCCCCUCCGGACCUGUUGGCCCCUCUGGAGCUCGUGGUGCCCCUGGUGAGCGUGGAGAGUCUGGACCACCAGGACCAGCUGGAUUCGCUGGACCUCCUGGUGCUGAUGGACAGCCUGGUGCCAAGGGAGAGUCUGGAGACAAUGGUGCUAAGGGAGAUUCUGGCCCCCCUGGAGCUGCUGGUCCCACCGGUGCCCCUGGACCCCAGGGUCCCCUUGGAAACACUGGCCCCAAAGGAGCUCGUGGAGCCGCUGGACCUCCUUCGGACCUCCCGGCCCCUCUGGCAACUCUGGACCUGCUGGACCCCCCGGACCCGGUGGCAAAGAAGGACCCAAAGGCAACCGUGGUGAGACUGGUCCUGCUGGUCGCCCCGGUGAGGUUGGUCCCGCUGGUCCUCCUGGAAACCCCGGAGAGAAGGGUAGCGCUGGUGCUGAGGGUGCUUCUGGUAGCGCUGGUAUGCCUGGACCUCAAGGUAUUGCUGGAUCUCGUGGUAUUGUUGGUCUUCCUGGACAAAGAGGAGAGAGAGGUUUCCCUGGACUGUCUGGACCUGCUGGAGAGGUAG